GAAACAUUCAACGUUUUCACAAGUGUCAGGAUACGACUAUUAUCACAGUUCUGUUGUCAAACUAUUUCAUAAGAUGCUGAAGAAAAUGUUUAUUUUCAUCUGUUUGUGCUUGUGUCAGGCUGGUGUGUUUGUUGCUGAUGCAGUGAAGUCAGAGUCAGUGACUGAGGGAGAAUCAGUCUCUCUGAACUCUAGUUUCACUCAAAUACAGACACAUGAAGAGAUCAACUGGAAGUUUGGUGACAUUCUCAUAGCUAAAGUGAAGAACAACAAAGAGAGCAAGUUUUUUGGUGAUAAUGCUGAUGGGAGAUUCAGAGACAGACUGAAACUGGAUCAGACUGGAUCUCUGACCAUCAUCAACAGCAGAACCACAGACUCUGGACUUUAUACAGUCUCCAGCAGCAGCAGAGACACGAUCAACACGAUCAAUCUCACUGUCUAUGCUCGUCUGCCUGUUCCUGUCAUCAGCAGUAACUCUUCACAAAAUUCAUCAUCAUCAUUAUGUUCAUUGGUGUGUUCAGCUGUGAAUGUGAGUCAUGUGACUCUCUCCUGGUUCAAAGGAAACAGUUCAUUCUCCAGCAUCAGAGUGUCUGAUCUCAGCAGCCGGUCUGAUCUUCUUCUCCAUCUGGAGUGUGUGGAUGAUUCCUACAGCUGUGUGCUGAACAAUCCCAUCAGAAACCAGACUCAACACCUCAACAACGCUCAACUCUGUCACACAUGUGCUGCAGGUCCUCCAGUCUCUCUGACAGUGCUGAUCUCUGCUGCUGCUGCUGCUGCUGGAUCUCUGUUGAUUGUUGCUGCUGUCGGGAUCUUCUGCAUCUGCAGGAAACACAGAAACACACACAGAGAAGAGACUCGAGCAGAAGAGAUCACUUACGCUGAUCCCACAUUCAACAGAAGAAACAGAAAUAAAUCUAGGCCUAGAGAGGAGGAUAAUGUGGUGUACGCAGGAGUCUCGAGACGUUGAUCAGAUCUUGAUCAUUUGAAAGAUUUCCCAAUAAGUUUGAAGUUAUACAUAAAUACCGGCCUGCAUCAUAUUAGCUGAAUGACAUCCAAUACUUGUUUUGUAUUGAGCCAGAUGUUUCUCUCUGUGACAUUUUUUAAAGUUCUUAAAAGUUUAUAUUCAAGAUAUAUCUAUAUUUCACAUUUUUCCACAUUUCUACAUGCCUCCUUUUGUACAAUUUUAAAUAAAAAUGCUUUAAUAUCA